AUGGAAAAAAAGAGUACUAACAUCAUUGCUUCAAUUGGCAAAGGAUCACAUGGUGUUCAUUGUAAAAUUGAACUUUCUGACGAAGACUUAAACAAGAGGCUCUGGGCUGGUAUAUUUGUUGUAAUGAGACAAUUUAAUAAUCAAUAUUGUCAAUACAAAUUUAUAGACAGUAAAAAACAAGAGUCAAUUAUUUCUUUUGACCCAUUACCUGAUGGGAUGUAUGAAGUUAGAUUAUUUAAAGAUGAUUCUGUUUUAUUACUUGGAAAUAAAUAUAAAUUAAUUUGUGUCUCUAAUAAGAUUUGUAUAGGUGAUGUAGUAAAUAUCAAGGCGCAAUUUGAUGAACAUAUUCCUUAUUUAGUCCAUGUAUUUUAUGAUAAUAUUUGUUCUUCAGAAGAUGUAAUUGGAUUAUUUACUUGUGGAACACAAUCAAUGAAAUCAUAUCUAACAAAACAAACUGUAUCAACAACCAAAAACAAAAUUUCAUUUGAUCUUUCAGAAUUAGAAUUAGAUGCAAUGAUUGGUGAUAAAGAACUAACUUCUCGUAAAUUUGAAUUUAGAUAUUUUAAAAAUUGUUCCUCAAUAGCAAACACCACAGCCCCGUCUGGGUUUUCUUCUCCAUUCACUUUACCUAUACCAACAGUUCAUGCUCAAAGAAUGUCAGUUGAUUAUAUUAAUGUCUCUUUCACAAACAACCAUUAUAAAGUAUGGGCUGGAUUAUAUAUUACCGAUACUUUAAAACCUUUAGCACGUGCCUUUGCAGAACAAGGAAAUUUAACAAUUGCAUUAAAAUAUUCUUAUACACCAAAUGAACAUUACACAAUAAAAUUAUAUUCCAAUUCAAACCAAUUACUGGCGGAGUGUGAAUUGACAAAAUCACCAAAUUAUAUUUAA